AUGUCCCUUUUACAGAUACCAGACGAGAUAAUUCAACAUUUGCUCUACUACAUCCCUCCCGAAGAUAACCUUUCCAGUUUUCAAUUCCUCUCCCAUCGCUUGAGGCACUUAGCCAAUGAAUCGCUGCUCUGGAGAUACCACUGCCAAAGCAGCUUCACUUUCUGGAAUCCAGAGCACAACUUUUACCGUCGUCUUAAAGGCAGAGCUUCCAGUACACCCUGGAAGAAAAUCUUUCUCAUACGGAAGUCGCGCAAUGCACAGGUCGAACGUCUCUUGGUCGAGAUCCUAGAGACCAAGGUUGGUCGCCUUAAGCGAUUUGAAAAAGUUUGCAAAUUCGGCUAUGACGCCAAAGAUUUUCUCCUGGAGCAGUGCAAUGCCGAUGAAACAGCUGAGGAUGUUUUGGCCAGAAGGUACUACAGUAAUUCCCUGUUGGACAGUAUCCACAGAUCUCUCGCUAUUGAACAGUGGUACAACAUUCAACAGGCGAGCAGGGACACCAGCCGGCAUCCAGCAAAUCUCAGUCUCGAGCGAGCACUAGGUGCAUUCGAUUUGUUUGUCUUGCAUGACCAGCCUGGGGAUUUGGAUGAUGUAAGUGCUUCAUACCCUUGUUCAGGGCACACCCCGGUUAACGAUAGCAUCAAGAUUGGCCUUAUUCUGGAUAGGUUGGCUGCGGAUUUCCGCGACACUCAGCCAAAUAUCGAUGGCAUGUCAACGCGGCAAAAGGCAUUGGAGUUAAACCGCUGGCUUCGAUGGAAUAAUCUCACAGGCUUACAGCAUCCUGAGCGCAGUUACCGCAACCUGCGAAAUUGUCUCAUUGGUCAGGCACUUCGUCACGAAGACCACGACUCGAUCCCUAUCAUUUCGAGUGCUAUCUUCUGUUGUGUCGCAGAACGACUGGGUUUACAAGCACAAUGCUGUGCUUUUCCCACUCACGUUCACGCCAUGGUUUUUGCCGAGAACGGAAAGACUUUGGAUAGUGUGCCUGUCACCGAGGAUGAUGCGCCUCUUGAAAGGAUGUAUCUGGAUCCUUAUGGUUCGAGUGAGGAGAUACCUAUGGCCGAUCUACGAUCUAUGCUGGCUCAUUUCGGCUGGCAGACAAGCACCGAUAAGUUCCUGUCUCCCGUGAGUCCGGUUACAAUUGCUAUGCGGACAGCACGCAACAUCAGAGCUACCGCUUCCAGGGUGAUCGAAGCACGAGAGCAAGCGGAUCCUGACCUCACACGAUUGAUCACCGGCAAUGAUUCAUCCAACAUAGACGCUGCUCUAUAUUCAGCGCUGUGGGCUUCGCUGCUUCUCACACCUGUCGACUCGUUCGAGUGGGACGAGGCCCUGGAACCGUUCCUAAACCGUUUCGCCAAGAGCUGGCACGUAGAUGCGUGGCUGGUUGAGAAGUACAUCUUCCCCUUGUACGAUCGAUUUGGUCCCCUUCGUGAGAGAAUCAUGAGGAACAAUCCCCGUCGAUGGGACGACCCUCGGGAGGUGAUAAACCUUGUGGACGAGUUUGAUGAAGUCCCACCCCCAGUUUUUCGUAGGAACAGUGUGCGGACGCAGCAUGUGCUCUACAAGAUUGGGCAGGUCUUUAAACACCGACGAUACGGCUGGAUCGGUGCUGUUAAUGGUUGGACCGAUCAGGGUACGCGGCGUUUACCCAUGCCACAUACUGUGGCCAUUGACGAGACGCUGGACGAUAACAGCGAUACAGAACUGCCCAACCGGCUACGCCCACGUAACAAGACAUUCUACACGUGUUUACGCACAACAGGACCCGAACGACACGUUGUCGCUGAAGACAAUAUCGUAUUGAUUGAGGAUCCGAGCGAAAUUCCGGAUUCAUUGUUCCGCCAAGCUGGGAAGUUCUUCAAGCGAUUUGAUGCUGAGACGUGCACAUUCGUGUCCAACGUUACGGAACAAUACCCCGACAACUAG